AUGGUAACAUUCCUAGAAGAGCUAGCUGAAUCACGGAAAAGAGCUGAAGAGGCGGUACGCAAUGGGGAAUCAGGCCCCAGGUUAAGGAGCAGAUCUAGAACCCGUAACGAGGUGAACAAUCAAUCUCAAGAACGGGAGGAAGCAGAAGAAGUGUUGGAAGAAUUCAUUGUAGAAGAAGAGCUCGAAUGCAGAAAUGAAGAAGACAUCAAAUUCGUAGAAAAUUACCAUGAAAACCCCUCCGGGACGACGGCCGAAACCACAAACACAGGGACGUCAGCGGGUCUAAUAUGCCCUUUCGGCCCGGUUAGGAUGGAGAAGGAGUCCACAGAAGCCAGUAGUGAGCUCUCUGAAGAAGAAGAAAAUGGUGAAAAGGGUACAACAAAUGUCCGUCCUCCAUCCCAAAUCCACACUCCAAAUCCAAGAAGUACAGUAGUACGCGUUCAACAGAACCAUCCGGCAAAGCCGAGGCACACCAGAGCUAUGUCCGACACCUUGAAAUACCACGCACAGUUACUCAGGAACAAUACAACAUCCGUCUUCUACUCCUCUAAUCGAGGAUACCAUAAGGAAGAAUGCCAAAUCCCUGUCAGAGACAAGAAUAAGAACCCCAUUCUGAUAAGAAUUACACGUGGAAAUUUUUUUGCAGAUACACACCUGGAGAGUAAGAACAGAUGGUGGGGUGCCAUUGUGGACACGUUCAACCGAAACAAAGUCAUGCUCAGGAGGACAAUGCUAGCGGCAUUCGAAGCAAUGUACGGUCAUAUUCCGUUCGACCCAGAGUCGGAAUCAGACAGAGGUCGGCAAAAGACUCGAAGCCAACCGCAGGUCGAGAAGAACCGACCCAGAACGGCGUCCUUGAUUGUCGACGAUGAGCCUAGGCAAAGGCAAAAGGAGCCAAACAGAUCACCAGCCACGGUAGAGAUCAGACCCCCAGUCCAACGGAGUGCUGUCUGCGAGCCAAUCCAAUCGCAACCGAAUCCAAGACCAGUGAUGCCGGAAGUGAUGAAGUCGAAAGGGAAAAGCACGAGCAAAGAGGAGGAAGACACCGGGAACCCGGAGGAGGACAUCACCUUCGUGGAUGACCAACAACUCCCGAAUAACAGCUUACUCAAACUGUCGCACUGUUUUCACCAACGCAUGACCAAGUUGAAGUCCUUUGUACCCCUUACGGUGUUCAACAUGGACUGGAUAGACAGAGAUUCAGAGAAAGCAAGUCAGAAAAAGGUCAAGACGGUAAAAGAGUUGCAGGAAGGAGACGACACGAUGACAUACUCCGGUCUCGUACCUAAAGAUGAGCUGCUCUUGAAUUAUGGCGACUGGCUAGACCACAUGGACCUGUUCAUCCGAUACGUUGACGAGUAUUACAACAUGCCGAGGUGCGCCAAGAACUUUAGAAAGCACAAGCUGAAUGUCAUCGAAAUUCAACGGUCCACAUCCUGCUGGAUGGUAGCCUUGCGCUACUGCAUCAAAGUCAGAAAACUGGUAAUGCAGUUCAGGCAAAAAGACGGGAAGAGGGUCAUGAGCAACGCCAGAAUCCUACACAAGGACAUUCUCCGAGCUGCCAAAGACAAGGCAGAGGCGAUGGGGGAGCGGAGCCAGACGGAAAACCCUUACGUCACAAGCAGCGAGACACCGGACUUACUUGGAUCUAGGGAACGAAGCCUCAUAAAAAGAGAAUUCGCAGCGGCGAACCAGAACGGAGGGAGCUCGGGUGGCAACUGGAGAGGAAACAGCUACGAGGGUGGAAAAAGGGGGAAUAAGUUCCAGAAAAACGUCAGCCAUCAGAACAAUCAGAGAGGCAACGUUAGAGGGGGAAACCAACCCUACAGUGGAGCAGGAAGUCAAUAUGGUCGAGGACUUCACAACUUGCCCUACCACCCGCUCAACAACCAGUACAACCGCCAACCGAGUUUUCAUUACCAACCGUACGCGUACUCGAGCCAUGGAGCCCAGAGUUUCAACCACGGAAACGCAGUCGCAGGACCUAGCGAGUCAGGCAACCAAGUUGCCAUUGUGCCGAAAACCGGAACAAGCGGUCCUAGCAACCAAAGCGGAGCGUUGGCGAUUGUCCAGAGGAACAACGCAAACAAACACCAAUGGUAA